UUAAUUUUAACUAAUUUAAAGAAUAUCAGAGAACAAAGAAUUAAACGUUUUUGGUUUCCACUUAUUUUGGGAAUUAUUUGUGUAAUUAUUAUUGGAAUAUUAUUUUUAUUUUUUAUUUUAAAUAGAAAAAAAUGAUUACUUUAGAUAAUUUAAAUAAUAAUAAUUUUACAAGAAAUGAUUUGCCUUAUUCAACACAACCCUUACAAAAUAUAAUUAAUCAAUCUUUUAAUCAACAAAAUCACCCAAAUAAAAAUAUAAAAAGAAGAGCAAUUUCUGAUUCUGAUUUAUUAAAAAGAAAUAUUGACCAGAAUUUAAUACAUGUAUGGAAAAAUUAA